CCUGGGCCCGAACUAUUGUCGAGCUCGCUCGUUGACAGCCCAAACGACCCCAUCGCUGCGCCGCCAAGACCACCUGCGCCGCCGGCCGUCUCGCCUACUGCCUACACCGCUCCCUUGCUGCUUCAGGCUCCAUCGCUGCCGGAUCCAACACCGCCGGAGCGCCCUCCACUGCGACACCUCCGGGGGAAACCGAGGAGAUGAGGCUGGUGGGGUUGACGGGCGGGAUCGCGUCCGGGAAGAGCACCGUGUCCAACCUCUUCAAGGACGCCAGCGUCCCCGUCGUCGACGCCGACGUCGUUGCUCGGAAUGUAGUGCAGAAAGGUACUGGAGGUUGGAAGAAAAUUGUAAAAGCCUUUGGGGAAGAAAUUUUGUUGGACAAUGGAGAAAUUGACAGAGCUCGCUUGGGACAAAUUGUGUUUUCUGACCCAUCAAAACGCCAACUUCUUAACCGUCUUCUGGCGCCACAUAUUUCUUCUGGCAUAUUCUGGGAGAUGGCAAAACUGUGGAUGAAGGGAUGCAAGGUUGUCGUCCUCGACAUCCCGCUGUUGUUUGAGACAAAGAUGGAUAGAUGGACAAAUCCAGUCAUUGUUGUCUGGGUUAAUCCAGAAACCCAGAUCGAGAGGCUCAUGUCAAGAGAUGGGUGCUCUGAAGAACAAGCUCAGAACAGAAUCAAUGCACAGCUUGCGCUGGACUGGAAGAAGUCGGAAGCAGACAUAGUGAUUGACAAUUCUGGGUCACUGGAUGACACCAAACAACAGUUUCAGGAAGUGUUGAGGAAAGUCUCUGAGCCCUUGACAUGGAAGGAGCGCUUGAGAUCUAGAGAUGGUCUGAUCUCUGUUGUCAUGUGUACAGCAGUGGGGGUAUUACUUGCCCAGAAGAACCUGCUAUGAUCCUGAUAAGGUUUAGGAGGUUAAAAACGGUGAUCUGUUGUUUCAGGAGACCUGCACAAAUAAGCUUGUUUGGUCUCUUAGGAGUCUUGAAAUUGGAUGGCAGCAUUUGAAACAUUUAGUGAUGAAACAAAAUCUGCAAGAUUUACUGUUUUGAUGUAGAAAUUACUCAAUACCAGUGCCAUGUAGCCUGUUUGAGUGGAGAAAACUGCCCAUCUAUUUUCUCAGUUGCUUUUACCUGAUUCUGGUUCAAGUCAUGGAACUCUGUUUGUAGGGUUUGUUUUACUGGGCCAAAUAUUGCUUCAAACCA